AUGGAUUCCAGCGAAGACGAUGGCAACAAGGUCGCGCACCUUUGGCCUGACCCUCCGGCCUUCUGGAAGGACUUUACACCAGAGAACAUUGAACGGUAUAACGCGCUCAAGCAAACCUAUGCCCAGCAACAUGGCCUCAGCUCCGACGCGUUGGUUAGGAUCCCUGAUGUCCCAGCGGACUUGAUCAACCUGCAGCCACCGCCAGAACCAGUUGAUGGGAAGUGGAAGCUGUAUGGUCAGCAAGAAGCGCUCGCAAACUCUCUGCAGAGCCUCGAAGAUGCGGGCAUUCAGCGGCUGGCUCCAGCUAGCGAGACCACCUCUGACAGCAAGCAUUUUGAUCGCGGAUUUGAGCUCAAAAAGUUGGCUAAGUCCCUGCUUGUGAACUAUCUUGAGUUGAUGGGCAUUAUGAGCAUCAAUCCCGCCCAUGCCUCUGAAAAAGUCCAAGAUAUUAAGACUAUUGUCCUCAACUUCCACCACAUCCUGAAUGAAUACCGCCCGCACCAGGCUCGUGAGCAGCUUAUCCAGCUCAUGCAAGACCAUCUGGAUGCCAAGCGCAACGAGACGGCUGCUGUGCGCGCCGUCGUUGACAAGGCGAAACGCUUGAUCGAGGGUCUAGCUAGUAUCGAGAUCCCGAAGGUCGAAGACGACAACGGUCGGAAGGCUGUUGAGGUGGAGAGGGCAGCGCUUGCCGAGAGGAGGGAGAUUGCUGCUUGGCAGGAGGCAGACGCGUUGUUUACUUGA